GUAUAACACACAUUGGGACCGUGGAAACCUGGAUAGGUUCUGUGGUAAUAUGAUACCCCGUGGGUGAUCUCCUGUACAGCCGUGUCUUUGCGACGACGUGGUCGUAUCAGGAAAUUGUUCUACCGGGUUGGAGAGGAGUGGUUCGAAUAGAACGUCGAAAUAUAGUGUUGUGGACAUGUGGAUUUCGGCUGUUAGCUGUUGUAAUUAACAGUGUUCAUCUACUUAAUCUUGGGAGUUUGAGCGUCAUAUGUACACUGGACAUACCUUUAACCAGGAGAGAAAAUGCCAAGUUCCGACAGCGUGAAGGUAGCUGUCAGGGUGCGACCCUUCAGCCAGCGAGAGAAGACGGCGGGUUCAAAAUGUAUCAUCUCCAUGAACAAAGGAACAACAGUGAUCAAAAACCCACAAAAUGGCGACACCAAGGUCUUCUCCUUCGACCAUUCUUACUGGUCACAUGACAGUUACCACGAGAACGAGGCUGGGGUUUUGGUCCCUAGCUCAGCCCAGUCCUCUUACGCUGAUCAGAAAAGAGUAUUUAAUGACGUUGGUAAAGGCGUGCUGGAUAAUGCAUGGCAGGGCUAUAAUGCCGCUUUGUUCGCCUAUGGACAGACGGGCUCGGGGAAAAGCUACUCUAUGAUAGGCUAUGGUCCCAACAAGGGCAUUGUACCAAUCACAUGCGGGGAAUUGUUCAAGGCUAUAGAGGACAAUAAAGACCAGAAGAAACAACUGCAGGUUUCCUUCAGUAUGCUGGAGAUCUACAAUGAGCAAAUCAAGGAUUUACUGAGCACCGACAGAUGUCCUCAGGCUGGAGGCUUAAAGAUCCGACAAAGCCCCAGUUCGGGAUUCUACGUAGAGGGUCUCAAGCAUGUUCCGGUGAAGAACUACGAGCAGAUAGAGAAACUGAUGGAACAGGGUACGGUGAAGCGAACGACGGCCUCUACCAACAUGAAUGCCACGAGUAGUCGCUCUCACAUGGUCAUCACUGUCAAGUUUAACCAGGUGUUUGAGAACGAGUUUGGCGAGAGUACCACAAAGAGCAGUGAGAUAAACCUGGUGGACUUGGCCGGAAGUGAAAGGGCAGACUCCACCGGGGCAACAGGGGACAGGCUUAAGGAAGGCUCGGCCAUCAAUCAGUCACUGUCCACAUUAGGCAACGUCAUCAGUGCUCUGGCGGAUCUUGCAAUGGGAAAGAAGAAGGUGUUAGUGCCGUACCGUGAUUCUGCCCUGACCAAACUCCUCCAGUCUGCCCUGGGCGGAAACAGUAGGACCAUUAUGAUUGCAGCUCUGAGUCCAGCGGAUAUCAACUACGACGAGACGCUGUCAACACUUCGAUAUGCUGAUAGGGCAAAGAAGAUCCAGAACAAAGCUGUGAUCAAUGAAAGUCCGACUGAUCGACUGAUUCGCGAACUGAAGGAAGAGAACGCGCGUCUGAUGAAAAUGUUAGGCCAGGAUCAGCAGGCAUCGACAGGGGCAGAUAACCAUGACGAACUUCAGAGGAUGCUAGAGGAGAAUGAAAAUAAGAUGCGAGACAUGGAGUUGUCAUGGGAACAGCGAUUAGAGGCGGCCAGGCGAGACUGGGAGAAGACCGCGGGCAAGGAAGAAGGAAAAUCUUGGCAGAAGAGCCCUCAUAUUACCAACGUCAACGAAGACCCCAUGUUAUCCAAUGUGGUCAAACUCUGCUUCACCACCAAAACGUGCACAAUCGGUCGAAUCGGCUCCCCUGGUUUAGAUAUAGAACUCCGAGGGUUUGGGAUUCAGCCGAAGCACACAGUCGUAACCAUGGAGAAGUCGGCCAUGUUUAUACAGCCUUGUGGACCGGAUUGUCUGGUGGUUGUUAAUGGCGUCACUGUGAAGAAGAGAACAAAACUGAACCAUUUGGAUCGACUAAAGUUGGGAUCGAACAACCUGUUUCUGUUCGUGGGGUUUCCGUCAGAGCGUCGACGUAACGAUCCUCAGUAUGACUACACGUUCAUGCAGACCGAGUUAGCUGAGUCCGAGGGGGUCAGGCCAAAUCUGGACCCCGAGCUGAGAAAUGAUACCCGCGGAGAUGCCCAGAUGUCACUGGUGUUCCAGGAUUACGUCAGCUUGUUGCCGCAGAUAGCUGAAGCGAACGGUAUCAGCGAGGAACUGAACAAGAAACUGCAUUUUUCUCUGGAAAUUAAAAGCUUCACAAGUCAUGACCCUAAAGGCCGAGACAAAAGGAAAGAUGUGAUUGUACGAGUGAUGAAUACAAAGACCAAACUGGUUUGGAUUUGGUCCAGAGAGAAGUUUGUUAACCGCAAAAACCUGAUUGAUGAGAUGUAUCUUAAUUAUCUGGAUGGAGAAAACAUAAGUCUGGACAAGCUGAAGGACCCCUUCUGGGACCCCAUUGACGACAUAUUCCUAGGCAGUUGCCACAUUUGGCUGCAGAGCCUAAGCUACCACCUGGACACGGAUGAACACCUUAGUCUUCACAACUAUCGAGGGAAGGAAGAAGCUGUGGUUCAUGUGAAGAUCAUGCCGUGUACACAGGACGGGAAGAACAAUGUCGAUGAGAACGCCGUUUUGGAACCCCAUGAUCUGCUGGAGAAGCCCCUACAUUUCAAGGUGACCUUGAGCCGUGUAAUGGGGGUGAGGUGGGUGGAACAGGUCAAUUCCAGGGGCGUCUACCUCAGGGCGAACAUACCUGGAUCAGACGAGCAUCUUAAAACCACUACUAUUUGGGGCAAUCACAUGGCCGAGCUGGGCUAUAACAAACGCUUCACCAUAAAGAAGGUAACAGAGGAGUUCCUGAACGUGCUGAAAACAGACGCCCUGGUACUGGAACUCUGGGGAACGCAGUUUGAGACCAGUGACCAGAAGUCAACGGCACCUUGUUCGGCCAACAUGAAUGGUUACGUUAAUGGUUACCAUGGCAGAAGCAGUGGCAAGGAAAAGGGACUGGAAGAAGUGCUGGAGGAAAAUCGCAUUUUACGUGGAGAAAAUUUCAAACUAAAGCAAAGUUUGGAGCACAUGAGACAAGCAGCACAGUUCCAGAGACGUAGGCAGUCCACGUCAUCGAUCGGAGAAGAUGACGACGAUUCACGACCUAUGCCCCCGCGAGCUCCGCGACGUAUGACGUCAGGAUCCAAUUCCAGGAGCAGUAGCUCGCCAGUAUCUAAUCACCAUCACUCUUCACAACAACCCAGCUCUACAUUCGAUGUGGAAUUGGCCAAAGGCUUGAGAGAUUUCUUCAGAGAAAUCAAGGAUGUACAGGAAAGGUUGAUUAACCUCCGUGAAGGCAAUAAUAUUGGUGUGAAAAAAAGUACAGACAAGAAUGCCCUGAGAGCUGAGGUCUCUCGUUACCAUGACAACAUCAAAGCCACGGAAGAACACUUGGCUGUGACAGUGCUAAGUCUGAAGGAAGUUGUCACGAACACGAUCAGGAAAUCACAACUUCAAAAACACUGAUAAGAUAUCAUUCCAUCAGUCUAAACCCUGACAUAGCUGGAAUCUUUUUGUUUCCUGACCUGCACUCGACUGUCUUACCUAGAUGAGCUGAGUUGGGUACCCUCUCUGGGAUGACAAGGGGUCACCUUUAGCCAAGGGACACAACUAUGAAUGUGCGAAAACCUGGCUGGACAGGGUUAUCAGACUUGGGUCUGAUGGUGGAAAUGGUUUCUGUUUACUCCAGGGUCAGUUUUGAGCUAUAGCAUUACGUCCGAAGCGUCACUGUAUCCUAACUGAGAUGUUAGUAAUGGCUCAAGGGUAUGUCAUGGUCAUUUUGUAUAUUCAUUCAUCAUCCCAUGAUUGCCAUCACCAACACUUCUCUUGCCUGUUAACAUCACCGUUAGAGCAGCUAUGAUGGUAAAAUACACUGUGAUGGACUUCUCUAGUCAACAGGAGCUUUUACCGGUCUGUGUACUCGUACCGAUUUACAUCCAGAUUUUAGGGAAGAGCUUGUGGGCUCACGAUUGGUAACAUUUUAAUGCAAAACCGCAUAUUUGGGGAUUUUUAACUAUGUGUAUAGAGUCAACUGUUACUUAAUCUAGACCACAUUCCUUGAACAAAACUCGCCAAUGCAUAUUUAAGUUAACCCAAUUCACACGCACAAACCGUAACUGCUCAUAUUAUGUCUUACCCUCCCUGUUCAGUAGAAAAGCAGUGUGUAUAUCUGAAAAGCGUGUAUUUUGGGAAAUCAGUCGGCAAUUGGAACAGUUGUGGCUGGAAAUGGGAAAACAGGCCAUUGGGAAUGGGGCCAAAUAUCAUCCUCUGCCCUGUAAUAUAGCGUAAAUUCCUGUAUAUAUACUUUUACUCUUAUGAUUUCAUUGAUAUAAUGUCCCGUCCUGCGAUAUAGGCAAAUCCUUGGUUUCUAUGAAGAUAUGUUAUAUACAUCUACACAAACAAAAAAGCGUGCCUGCUGUGCUUCGAAAUCCAAUACCUAGUCGUCUCUCCAAAUGAUCUCAUCACCGCACAUCGUCUGAGUGCGUUAAAUGUGCUAAUAUUGUGACUAAGCCAUAACUUAGGUCACGGUCAUUUGUUAGAUAAUCGUAUAUGAUAUACUUUCAUAUCGCGUUCAUUCAAAUAAACAUUGUUAUACAUUGUCUUCAUGAAUUGCUACGCGAGCUGUAAAACGAAACACUUUGCUCUGAAUUGUUUUGAAUACUCAGGGCUUACAUACUGAACUCGUCAUGCCCGUCCUGUCUCACUUGCUGAGGGUAAAUCUGACGAAACUCAACAGCAAACGUUCAUUGAUGAUCAUUGAAUAAACUAUACCAUU